AUGGCUGCCGGCUCAGAGACUGAGCUGUGGGGAGCCGUCCCAGCGCUCAUCACGUCCGGGGAUGAGCAGGACCGGACCCUGCUGCUGUGGGGUUCAGGUCGGGAAGCCAUGGUGGCCCCCGAGGCUGCUGGGCCGCGUCCUCCCUUCCAGCGUGGGCCCGUCUGCCUGUCUCCCCGCAGGUGUGAGCUGAUGCACAUGUGCUGGCAGUACAAUCCCAAGAUGAGGCCCUCCUUCCUGGAGACCAGCAGCAGCAUCAAGGACGAGAUGGAGCCCGGCUUCCAGGAGGUGUCCUUCUACUACAGCAAGGAGAACAAGCCGCCUGAACCCGAGGAGCUGGACCUGGAGCCAGAGAACAUGGAGAGCGUCCCCCUGGACCCCUUGGCCUCCUCGUCCUCCCUGCUGCUGUCUGACAGAUACUCAGGACACAAGGCCGAGAAGGGCCCCGGCCCCGGCGUGCUGGUCCUGCGAGCCAGCUUCGAUGAGAGACAGCCUUACGCGCACAUGAGGGGCCGCAAGAACCUGCGGGCCCUGCCUCUGCCCCAGUCUUCGACCUGCUGCUCCUGGAGCUGA